UCAGACUUCCUCAGACAAGCAGUUUAAUAACCUGGUAACGGUUCUACAUUUGAUAACCCAUUGUUACAUCACUGACGACUCUGAUCUGAGCGACAAGGCUUCUAUUUCAGUCUACUCUAGCUUUAGUUAGUCUAGCUUAAACUAGCCUACAAUAUGCUUUCAUCCUAACCAGGAAAAUGAGAAAGAUGAAAUAUCAACAGUGAUAACUUGAUUGUUAGGAUGUGUUUCUUUUUUGAUUGGUUUAAAAAUAAUACCGGUAACUUAUUUUCGGGGAGACAGUCCAGUUUGCUGGCAAGAAGUUACCAUUCAUAUAGACUAGAUGUGGUGGUAGCUACACACGCGCUUUUGGUGCACAGACAAUCGAUUGCGUUGUUCUUUGAUUUCUCGAGUUGCAAGAGUCAAAGCAUGGUGUUGUAGACUACCCAGGAUUCAAAACCUACCUAUAGUAUUUACUACAACUAGUUUACUCUUAUUUUUUAUAUGGACAAUGCGUUUGUAUUUGUGAACUAGGAGAAUUGAAGGGUAUCUGGGUGCUGGGAGUAACAGCAGCUUACGUUUCCACAGUGUCAAAUAACCGUUUGGUCCAUACGUAAAAAUAUGUCAUUAUCAACGAUCCUCGGUUAGAACUUUUUAAAAACAUAACAUAAUUUAACAUAUCUAAUAUCUGGCUAAUGGAAGUAGACGAAAUAAGCGACUCCACGAAUAAUUUGUGCAUCCUAGAGGCCGAUAAGGAAAAAGAAUUGUUAUAUGAUGAUUUGGGAAUCAUUGGUGAAAUAUCAUAUGAUGAAGAGCUGGAUGACACAAAUGAACGAAGUGAAGAAUUUCUGUUACGAACGCCGAAAACUAAGCGUCCUACACACGAUGUCAUAUUGAAAUGUCGAACUCCGGAAAAACCCCGACGAAAUUGGAGAUUCAACAGAAACCCCACUGCUUAUUUUUCUAACGAAAAACCAUUCACUUGUGGUCUUCGGAAAUCCCCAUAUUCAAAAUCAUCGUCUAGUAGAGAUAUUUCAAUCCUCUCCCUUCCGUAUGAAAUCGUACUCUACAUAUUUAGAAUGCUGAAUAUUUCGUCUCUGGGUAGAUGCUUACAAGUAUGUAGAUUAUGGAAUAAUAUUGCGAAUGACAAAUGCCUGUGGAAAAAGUUGAACCUAAAAAAGCGUACGAUGAACAUAUUGGAUCUGCAAAAUCUUCUGAGAAAUCAGGCUGUUGCAAUAUCACUUAAUUCUGCCACCAUCUCCAACGAUCGUCGCAAUAACUCAUGGCUGAUAAACAACUCCUAUUACCACGGAAAUAACACUACUCCUGUAUACACACCAGUUCGUGAUGAAGGGUCCAGUCCAAUGCGUGAUCCAUUUUCUCGUGUGUAUUACUACGAAGUUCAACAUCUUGAUUUUACAAACGCAAACAUCAGUCCGACCACACUUUGUCUCAUCUUGACACGUUGUAAAAGUCUGGUGAAUUUGAGUUUGGAAAAUUUGAUCAGUAAUCAUCAUGUUCUCGGAUGCAUAUCGAACUGUUUAUUCCUGACUCGUCUAAAUCUGACACUAUGUAAAGAAGUCACUAUUUCAGGUGUGAUCGAAAUACUGUUGGCAUGCAAUCGGCUCACUGAACUCAACCUCUCUUGGUCAUCGAUUUGUCGAUACCCACCAGAAGAGCUUGUGUCAAGACUUCCUCCAACAAUUACUCACCUGAAUCUUGGAGGUUUCCGAAAUACAAUGCAGGACGGUCACGUAGCUGAAAUAGUAGCAAGAUGCAGACGACUCCAAGAUCUUGAUGUCAGCGAUUCAAAUCACCUGACUUCUACAGCGGUGGAUAUGCUAAUUCACGGGUUAUCAGACACGUUAAAAGGAGUUAAUAUGAGUCGAUGUUAUUCUGUGGCUCCAGAUAGUUUAUUACGAUUUGUGAACAUGCCGAAUCUGCAAUACCUAGAUGUCUUCGGUAUAAUGGAUGACGCAUCGGUGAGUGCAUUGUCUGACGCACUACCUCAUGUCAACGUCAGUAUGAGACCUUUCAGCGCUAUUGCAAGACCAACACCCAGCAUGGUUAUUCAGGGGUCGGUUUCAAAUUCGUCUAUUUGGGAAGAAUAUGUGAAACUAUGAAGAGCCUUGUUUCUGGACAUAUUGGAUAUACCAUAAAUCUCAUUUAUUCAGGUUCCAGGUAAUUUAUUGUCGAUGAAGAAUGGUGCGUUAGUGACACAAUGUGUGGUUAUCAAGAGUACACUCAAUUGCACAAAAUAUAAUAUCAGUUGAUUUCAUACUUUGAAGUAUCACUGUCAAUAUUUGAGAUGUUACACAUCAUUGAAAUUUCUAGAUUGCAAUCUAUCGGAAAUUGUUUUGCGAUGACCUAUGUUUUUCUGCAAAAUUUCAAUGUUGCUUUAAAAAACCUUGUUUCUCUAAGUCAAAGUAAAUUGUAUGUUUUUUAGUUUCGAAGUUUCUUUUUGUAUAUAGAACAAAAAAUUCUUUAAAUAGAUUAAAUAUAUAAAGAA